ACGUAACAAUUUGUCGUCUGUUGUAACAGUUCUAACCCCACAAAAUUUGAGCCAUUGCAUUAUUUAAAUUUAAUUCAACACCAACAAAAUUAUACAAGAAGCAAUAAACUACGCCCUGAUAUUAUAAAUGUUGGCCUUUUAAUGCUUAUUAUAUGUGUAUGAAGAGUGACUCCAAAAAGAUUAGCGAUAUGAAAUUGCAAAUAACUGGUAAUCAUAAAAGUUGAUUUGACACAAAUCAUGAAAAUUGUUACCACACCCAGUAAAAGUUAGCUAAAGACCGAAUAUUUAAAAGUAAAAAAAUUUUCUGCGAAGAAAGGGAAAUUAAUAUUCAGAAGAUAGUAAUUUUUUAAUUGUGAUGUAAAUAAUGAGUGGGCAAACGAGAUACACGUUUGAGGGUUUGCUGCACAAGUACACAAAUGCUAUGAAAGGAUGGCAGUUUCGUUGGUUUAUUUUGAAUCCAGAAACCGGAGAAUUGCAUUAUUUUCUCAGUGAAACUGAGAAAAACCAGAAGCCAAGAUGUUCCAUUUAUUUAGCCGGGGCUGUAAUUGCACCUAGUGAUGAGGAUUCUACCACUUUUACCGUCAAUUCUGCAACAGGCGAUAUGAUCAAGCUUCGAGCAGCGGAUGCUCGUGCCAGGCAAGAAUGGGUAGACAAACUUCGUGCGAUCACGGAAAUGUAUACUAGAGCAAUCGCUAGCAGUCAUCCACCUCUACCUCCUCGGGAGCGUAGCAGCACUUCAAUUCGAAAUCCAGUUGCUAAAAUAGAGGUUUUGGAUGCUUUCGCAAAUUGUCGAGAACACCUAAACAAAGCAGAAAAACAUACUGUUGCAUUAUCACAAACUAUCGAAAACUCUAGCCUUAACUUAGACCCAGACCUAUUAGUUUUAAAAGCCACUGCCCACGCGACAUUGCAUACCUUAAAUGAGUGUUUAAAUAUUCUAUAUCUAUAUAUAUAGUCAAUUAGUCAGCUCACCUUUUUUUAGACAGAGCCUUAAUUAAUAUAACGUUAAAGAGAAAUAAUUGCAUCCAAUUUGGCAUUUAAGAGUGAUAAGUCGGUUGACCCGACUGAGAAGUGUAUAAAGUGUUUAGGAUCGUAAAUAUUUUAAUGAGUUUAUAUUGUUUACUACUUCCGUUGAUCCCGCGGUUUUAUAAAGUGAGUAAAGAAUAAGUCAAUAUUUUCUUACUCGUCUCACUUUGUCGAUCGGAAUCCACUUCUUUCCUGUUCAGUUUGUUUGAAUUUUAUUUAAAAUGUUAAGUCUUUAAUUUUUGAAAACAAACUUUUAUACUGAGGAAAAAUCGUGUUAACAAUUAGAGGGGAUUGAGAAAAGUCAAUUAAAAAAAUGAACAAAUUAAAAACUUUCACAGAUUGCUACCUGCACAUGAAGAUGAAUGCAACUGUUAAAUAUUUCUUCGAAGAGUUCUCGUUUCUUUUUUAAACACGUAAUUUUAUGAUUUAUGUUAAUUUUUCAAAACUAAAAAAAAACUUUUUGUUUUCGAUUUUGUUAGGAAUUAUUUUUUUUAAAAUUCGCUCACCUAUUUUUUUCUGUUCUAGGGCAGAAUAAUAUUGACUUUUCGAUAUGCAAGUUAAAGAAAGCAAAUAAAUUUUUGAAUCAUAUAUGCCUAUAAUACAUAUGUACUUAAAAACCUGUUCCCGCAGCUUAUGUAUAAUUCGCUAAACAUUACAGAUCUUUAUAAAUCAUAUGUAGGUAAUUUAAUUAUUUAAAGACUAAAAAAUAUAAUUGAUUAUGGAACAUUACUUAGUCAUUUAAAAGAGCACAUUUGCGAGAUGUUUGGACUAAAAUAAACAAAAAUUGAGCGUAAAAAGUUAUUCAGUUUCUCGGUCGUGAUUAAAACUUAUCAGUUCAAUUUAAAAGACGAAUGAAUUUAUUGUGGCUGCCUGUCACUCUACAAACAUUUUAAGAUAAAAUUAAAAUAAUCCGUCAGAUGGUUUUUGAAGAAAGUAAUUUUCUGUAUGUAUUAUGUAAUAUGAAAUUACAAACUGUUCGUCAGAUGAUAAAUAUCAAUUAAAUUUGUUUUCCAUUGUA